AUGGUUCACGUGACCAUGAACGAUCCUGCUGGGAGCAAGUCAUUCCCAAAGUACGAGGAUGUCAUCGAGGCCUUUAACGUGAUUAUGAGUCACAGUCCCCCAGGCAACUCCGAAAUCGCAUCGAUUGGUUGGAGUUGCUUCUUCCCUAUCGAUGAGCCAAUGCUCCAGAUCGAAAGAGGAGAACUGAGCUGGAAUGAAGCCAUCAGAGGUCAUCUCCAGUCUCCUCGACCAGCAACUGGCCAUUUGCUGCUCAAUGCGAAUGUCAGUUACGAAGUGCUCCGCCCCAACGGCCCGGCGUUCAACCUGUUCACUCAAGCGGCUUUAUACAACAUGCACACCUUACACAAGAACAUGCCCAAGCUUUGGACUCGCCGUUGUCAGCGAAAUUGUCCUUGGUAG